AUGGCGGAGAGGCAGGAGGUCUCCGGCGGCGGUGCGGCGGCACCGAUGUGCGCCAACAGCUGCGGGUUCUUCGGGAGCGCGGCGACCAGCAACUUCUGCUCCAAGUGCUACAAGGAGCACCUGACCAAGACCGCCGACGCCGUCGUUGCCAUCGACGAGAAGAAGAUCGAGGCCGCCAAGGCUGCUGCUCGCGUGCCCGAGCAGAUGGGUGGUCAACAAGAUCCUGACGCCACCGCUGCCGCUGCAGUGGCCACGGCCACGCCGGUUGCUCGAGCGCCGACAGGGAAGGAGAACGCGAACGGUGGCCCCUUGGAGACGCUGAAGCAGGAACUGGAAGCAUCCGGCCGCCGCGGCCUCAUCGAGUGCGCGAACGCGUGCGGUUACUUCGGGUACCCAGCGACCAACAACCUGUGCACCCUCUGCUACAGGGACUUCCUCAAAAGCGUUCACUCCGCCCCUGCCGUGGCGGACAAGGUCGUCCUCGCUGCCGAGCAGCCGGAGGCCCAGAGCUCCACUGCAACUUCCAGUACUGCACCGGCGGUGAAGGCGGCGCCGAACAGGCUUCAGCUCCGAGGAGCGGUUGCCAAAUUCCUUAUCCCGCGUGGGCGUGGCAUCCACAAAGUCCCACGGUUUGUUUCAAUGGCUUCGCCGCCGUGUCUCCUCUUCCGCCCCCGGCCGCCGCUAUGCAGCUGCCGCCGCCGCAGCAGGUCCCCCUACCUCCUUCUUUCCAAGCAGAGCCUGCACCGACUUCCCUCACCAAGAACAUGCCGCCGUCCAGUGGUGGCGGCAGUGGCAGAGCAGCUCGUACCGCGGCCGCCCGGUACCGGCCGGCGGAUGGGGGCGACUGAAUUCGCCUGCCACUGUUCCUACGACACCGAGAACGGACUGCCCACGCCUUCACCGGAUAAGGGAAAAAGCUUGGAUGAGUGGCCAGUCCUUCGCCGGUGGGAUGUUCCAUGGGAGUGGCCAACGAUUUCCCUCACCAUGGUGGCAUGUGCAGUAAGCUUUCUUUUGACAGGGAUGGUUGAGCAAUCUAUUUUGGAGCAACUAGGUUUUCAAGCUGGGGAGACAACUCUAGAUGAGAAGGCAGAAAUACUCUUCUUGGGACAACUUAGCACGACAGUAGUUGUACUUGGAGUUAUAUUUGGCAUCACCAGUACAUUUCGACCAUUCUCAGAUGAUAUAUUUCGCUAUGAAUUCAAGGAACCACUUAAGCUGCAAAACGGUUGGCUUCUGUGGUCUGAAAUCGGCCUAUUUGUUGCAAUAGUUGCUAUUGCUUUAGCAGGUGCUGUAAUGACAUUUUCUGAAUGGAAGGUGAGGCCAGGGAUGGGGAGCACCGGCCGGCAGGGGAGGAGCCGGACCUCGUGCGGCCCGACCUGGGACUUCGCGCAGCCGGAAGGGGAAGAGCUCGCGCCGGCCAUGGGGAAGGAGCUCGCGCUGGCCAUGGGAAGAGCUCGCACCGGGCAAGGGGAAGGAGCUCGCGCGCCGCCGGACAUGUGGAAGGAGCUCAGCGCCACACUGGAAGGACCUCAUGGCCACUGGAAGGAGAGAAGUCGUACCCGUGCGCGCCGCCGGGAAGAAGCAGCGGCCGGUGAGGGGGCAGAGGCCCGCACGCCGCCGGAGAGGGGAGGAGCCGGACCUUGCGCAGCCGGAUCUGGGACCUCGCGUGGCCGCACUGCUUGUUUGCUGGGCAUCACUGGGAUUUUGGCACCCAUUCUGGAGGAAACUGUGUUUCGAGGAUUUCUUAUGGUAUCCUUGACUAUGUGGUUCUCUGCUGCAAUGUUUGCCUUUGCUCAUCUUACACCAGGAGAAUUCCCACAGCUUUUUGUGCUUGGUGUUGUCUUAGGAUUUUCAUAUGCUCAAACUCGCAAUCUUCUAACUCCUAUUGCCAUACAUGCUGUCUGGAACUCUGGAGUAAUAUUGUUGCUAACCUUUCUUCAUAUGCAAGGGUAUGAUAUCAGGGAGCUUUUGCAGGCAUCUUGA